AUGACGGAACUUCGUAGGAAGUUGGUAAUCGUUGGAGACGGUGCAUGUGGUAAAACAUGUUUGUUGAUUGUGUUUAGCAAGGGUACUUUCCCCGAGGUUUAUGUCCCCACCGUUUUCGAAAACUAUGUGGCUGAUGUUGAAGUUGAUGGACGUCAUGUCGAGCUCGCGCUCUGGGAUACUGCCGGUCAGGAAGACUACGAUCGGCUGCGUCCACUCUCUUACCCCGACUCUCAUGUCAUCUUGAUCUGCUUUGCUGUCGAUUCUCCGGACAGUCUUGACAAUGUGCAGGAAAAAUGGAUUUCAGAGGUACUGCAUUUUUGUCAAAAUCUCCCAAUCAUCCUCGUGGGUUGUAAGAAGGACCUUCGCCGCGAUCCCAAGAUCAUUGAAGAACUCCGUAAGACGAGCCAGCGCCCCGUUACUCCCGAUGAGGGCAUGGCCGUCGCUUCCAAAAUUGGUGCUGUGCGCUACUUGGAAUGCAGUGCGAAAACUGGCGAGGGCGUCCGGGAAGUUUUCGAACAUGCUACGCGAGCUGCACUUAUACAGAGGCCCCGCGGGAGCCGCAGCAAGUCCAAGUGCGUUUUGCUCUGA